AUGACGCGCAGCUUUCAAGACUACCAGAAGGAGAAGCAGGAAAGGGAGUGGAAGGAGAAGGUGCAAUCCCGCAAGGAGGCCAUGAACAAUGCACAGCGCGUGUCACGCGCCACCGAAUUCAAAACGAUUGGUAAUGACAAGUUCAAGUCUGGUAAUUUGCUGGAGGCCAGGGACUACUACCGAGAAGCCGUCAUUUAUGUCGAGGAUCUUGUGGAUGCUCGCCGCAAGGAAAAAGUGGAGCUGCUAAUGCCGCUAUAUGCCAAUCUGGCGCAGGUGUAUCUUCGUGUUGAGGAGCACUCCGCAGCGGAGGACGUGUGCAACAAAGCCCUCACACUUGCAGAAGUGCCCCGCAACAAUGUCUCGUCGUCUCUCCGGGCGAAAGCACACUUCCGCCGCGCCGUUGCGCGGCGCGUCCUCGGAAAAGCCGAGGAAGCCCGCGACGAUCUGCAAACGGUCCUGAAGAUGCAGCCGGAUCACGCCGAGGUUCAAAAAGAGCUGGCGGCUGUCCGCGCUAUCCUCUCCGACAGAGCCAAGCAGGCCAAAGAAGCCUGGGGCGGCUUUUUGCAGAGACCUGCUGCUGACAAAGAAGCCCGCGAGGAGCGAGACCGAAAGGCACAGGAAAAGCGGCAAAAGGCCGCGGAGCGCCGGCAGGAGCGAUUGAGAAAGGCGGAGGAACGGCAACAGAUGCAGGUCAGGGUCUUGGACGAUGAGAAGAGUGCUCGGGCCCACCUGAAUCCGCACAUGAAGCACUUGGCCGAGUUUAUCAGCAGGAUGACGGCUAUCCGUCCGGAGAUUCAAAGGUCGACCCGGGCUGCCUCCGUGCUGUGGGGCCUGGGACACAUCCUGCGCGACGGCGGAACCAGUGGGAAGAGCUUCUAUCACCUCAGCCGAGUGGCCGAGGCGCUGGAUGAGUUCUGGUCCCAUUCGUGGCAGGAGCACGCCUGGCGAAAGAUCGCUGCACUUGUAGUUCUGAAGAACGGUCCAGCGGCAGCUGUGCUAGGGACGCUGGCCGCCCUUAUUGCAGCGGCUCUGAAAAGCGCCGGCUUCCUUCCUGGUUAUGUCAAGCCGUCGAUUGACCACGUGGGGCAUCAUCACUACUAUGAGUUCUCCCUUUGGGCUCUUGGUGCGGGAGUGCUCGGAGCCUGCCUCACCUUGGUGUUUUGGCGAUCCCAGUCCUCGGUAUUCCUGGACAAAGUUUGCAUCAAUCAAGAGGAUGAUCAGUUGAAGGCCGAAGGCAUCCUGAGCAUCGGCGGCUUUCUGCGAAGCUCGAAGAGCCUGUUGGUCCUGUGGGAUCCGACUUAUGUGCAGCGACUUUGGUGUGUCUUCGAGUAUGCAGCCUUCGUGAAGAGCCACGAGGAUCAGAAGAAGAUGCUCUUGAAGAUCAGGCCGACGUUUCUUGGCCCCUGCACACUGGCAAUCGCUUUUGGCAGCAUGGUGGUGAUGAUUACGGAGCUGGUGAUACACACCUUCUUCGACCAUCAUGGGCUGUUGGCUUUCGCUGGUGUUGGAGUGGUGGGCUUUUUCUUCGGCACCGCAGCCUUCCAGAAUUAUUACGACAGCGUGCGCCAGCUUCAAGUCGUGCUUGCGAACUUCAAGCUCGAUGAAACCAAGUGCACGUGCUGCGAAAUGGGCCACGACGAGGAGGAGGAGCCUCAAUGUGACCGGCAGGUGGUCAUGGAAUGUGUUCAUCGCUGGUUUGGGUCCGUGGAGAGUUUUGAGAAGGUUGUGUGCACAACCGUGUCCGCUGGGUUGACGAGCCAGCUCGGCCAGUAUUCCUUCCCGUACCGCUGGCUGCUGGGUGCGACAACACCCAUUCUCUGGGCGCAGUUGGACAUGGUCGCAGCGAGGUUCAAAGGUGGAGACAAUCACGGCGGCGUGGUUGCCUUCAUACUUGCUUUGGCAAUGUGGCUCGUUGCCUUCCCUACGGUUUUUGUGUGCUGGGUGUGCCUGGCAUCAAUGCUGCGCAGGACGAGGUAUCGCGUUUUGGACUUCCUCCUAACACUAUCGGCGACAAUCAUCACUGUUGGUCUUGCCGCAGGCAUGCACUUCUACCAGUUGCUGUGUAAUCACCUGUUUCACGACGAUCAUCUUUCCGGCGUCCUCCUUUUCUUCGGGACGUUUCUCGCUGCAGCACUUGAUGCCUUCGAGAAGCUCUCGAAAGGGAAAAUGCUCUACGAGGCCCGGGAGAGAGAGAUGGAGCCCGUGCGCAAGAAGGAGCUGGAGAAGACGCAGACCUUGGAACUGGAGCAGAAGCUGUUGAAUAUAAUUGACGAGUGCAAAGGCAAGCCAAAGACGGAGAAGCUUGAGGACUUCAUGAAGCAGAGGGAGGCCCGAGCGUGGGACCAGAGUGCUGAGCUGGAUCAGAAGAAGAAGGUCCUUGAGAAGGUGAAGAAAGAAGAGCAGUGGUCACAGGACGAUGCCUGGAGGGAUCAGCGACUGGAACACCGGAAGCAGAUCCAGGCACGAGGGCAGGUGCAGACACCGCAAAUGUGGGAGGCAAAGCAGGUGGACCGCUGGUGCCAACAGCGUUUGCGGGAUUUGCUGGUGCCGCUGACGGUUCAGGCCGAGUCGCCUCUCCCCUCCGAGCUGUCGGCCGUGCUGGAGGACACGAAGGGCCUCGGCCAGCAUAUCCACUCGGUGAAGCAAAGUCUUCGAGCGAUGUCCGCACCUGCUGCCGACGACGAGGCGCUGCUGCCAUCGCUGGUCGCUCCAGGUUUAUACCUCGGCACUGCAGAGCAUGCGCGCUGCCGUUGUGCCCUGCACGAGUACGAGCGCCCGCUGGAUCCCUCCGAGGGAUGUGCGCCGAUCAGGGCCAUCAUCAAUGUCAGCUCCACCGAGCCUAACCACUUCGCUAAUGCGAACCCAGCGAAUGCCGAGCUGGAUGACGAUGAGCGCUCUUUGUGCUUCCAGUACCACCGCUGCAUUCUCGAAGAUGGGGAGCAGGCUCUUGCGCAAGCGGCAUGCUUUGCGGAGCAGCAGUUGAGGGCAAAGCGCCCACUACUGGUGCAUGAAGGUGCUGAGCAGAGCGGGCAGGCAUCAGCUGUGAUAGCAGCUCUUCUUGUCCGACAACAGUGGACUGCGGACGAAGCAGUGAAGGCAAUCCAGAAACGGCGACCGUGCGCUUCCCCGAGCUCCGCAGUGCUUGCAUCCUUAGCCCGUUUGGAGACGGAGAAUGGGAAUUGA